GGAAGAAGAAAAAAAAAACCAACCUCCGCUCGAGUCAGCAAACAUGUACGAGUGGCUGUAAUGCAAAGAGGGAUACAAGUCACAUCCACGCAGUCCGCGGAAAACCACGCAAGUUGUCAAGAUACCACCGAUCGCAACGGAAAGCGCGUUUGCUGGCGGGACUUUACCGCUGAGCCGUCGGAUGGAUGAUGAGGAGGAGGACAUGUCGCGGCCCAUCUCGCACCUCUGGGAAAUGCCCUUCAGGGACCUCAAGUACGACGACCGCGCCACACACAUCGGACAGGCCGGACGGGCCCUCGCCACCGCCGCCGCCGCGCCCACGUCGCAGGGCCACAACAACAACAACAACGACGUCGACGCCAUGCCUUGCAUCCUACAACUGCAGCCUCGCGUACCCUUUCACAGCAACGCUGGAUUGCGCUCGCAUUUCCCCGCUCAGUUCGAGCCCACGGAGGACCGGGGAGAGAGGCGCGUCGAAGGCGAGGAGGAGCAGGAGGAAGAGGGCAGAGGGGAGGAAGAUGGCAGGAUGGCGGAGAGGCCCGAGGAGCAGCGGGCCGGGGCGAGCGUGGAGGCGCAGAUCGGCCGUAAGCUCCGGGAGAUCGGAGACAAGUUCCAACAGGACCACGUCGAGCUGUUCAUGAGGCAUCAGAGACAAAACCUGCCCGCCUGGAUGCGCCUCACGAUGGCCCUGUUUGGCUUCCUGUUUCCCAGAGAGGCCCUCUUCCCCCGGCUGCGAGGAGAGCACAGAUGAAGAGGCUUCCUGCCGGGCCCCUCGCCUCAGCCACUUGUUCCACAGGGACAAGGGACCAGACAUUUAAGAUGGCACUGUAAGAUGGAACACGGGUUUUGGAUUUUGUUUUCUAGUCGAUCCUCGAAAGACGAGAUGAAGAAAACACCGGUCCCCGCUGGACGGAGGCUGAUUACAAUUUUUUUGGUUUACUUUUUGGGGUUCUUUUUUUUUCUUUCUCCGCGUCUCCAAGAAGAAGCCAUUGCGAUUGAAGAGAUAUUUUCGAAAUAUUUGUAAGAUUACCUAUUUUGUACAGUAAACUGCUCUUUUUCGUUUGGUAUUGAAGGACCUCCAUCAGUCCGGGGGAAUGCCUUAUUCUCUCCUGCCACAGUACUUUUGCGUCAAGGAAAUCAUAAAAUAUAGAGAUUCAUUUUAAGAUUAGCCUUCUUUCUUUCUUUGGGGCGACAAACUGUGGACGUGGACGCGGACUGUGCUAAAGUCACUGACUUCAGACCUCGAGGACUCGAGGCCCGUUUCUAAUUUAUUCUCAGUAAACAAAAAAGAACAAUAAGCCCCCGUACCUUUCCUUUAACGUUCCACACCGGCCAAUUUGAAAGUGGUUGCCACGACAUUGUGCCGGCGCUACUCGCUGGUGUCGGGUCAGUCCAGAUGUUUUACCAGCUUCCACUGUAGUUUAUAUCCAGCUGUCUCAUCCAUCGGCCCCUACAUCUCCAGCACUACCCGCGAUGUCGUUAGGAAGGGGCCUAAAGAUCCGACGUGUCGAUUCAGAUCCUGUCGAUCAAAAGGGCAAAAAACAAACAAACCCCAACACGUAUGCUUGAAUGUAGGUGUACCGAGGAUAUUCGGAUCGAGUGACUUCAAUACCUGACGUAGUCGUGACUACUUACUGGAUUUAUGAACAUGUGUAUUUAGGAGUGCGUGCUUACUGUUUCCAAAAUCUGCAGUCGUUUUCAAACCAAAUGAGCACAAGCGAAUCUCCGCCGCGGGAUCACGAUCAGGGAAGUGAAAAUGAAACAAUCACAGAGCUCACAAACGCCUGUCGUAUUCUGAAGCUUCUCCAGGCUUUCUGUCUCUGGCCGGAUCGACAAUCGAAAUCUCGCCCUUUUGCGGCGUUUUUUAAGGGGAGAGCAAUAUUCAACCCAGUGGAAGGAAUCCGAAUCUUAGGGGUCUGUCGGAUUUUGC